UCAUUUUUCAACUGUAGAUGUGAUUAGUUAAGAUAAACGCAAUCGCUGACAUCAAGCUAAAUGGGACUAAUCCCCAUCAUGCUGCAGAAAUGUGCAUAUAUUUAGGAAAUUUGGUUCCACCUACGACCAAACAAAGUGUCGUAUCCACUUGAGCUAGCAUGCCUAGAAGCAGAGCCCUGCGCAUGCCUGCUUUCUGAGAUUACUCCCAUAUACAAUCAUCUGAGUCAGUCAUUGAGCUUCUAUUCCCAAUGGAAUCAGCUCAGCUAACGCAAAUGGAGGUAAAUAAUACAAAAAUCCCACCUACAGAAGCUGGCAAUAGAGGCCUUGUGUUUGCAGUGAAUGGAGAGAAGUUUGAGGUGGCAAUUACUGACCAUUCAACUACUUUGCUUCAGUUCUUGCGCUCUCAUACUCGUUUUAAAAGUCCCAAGCUUGGCUGUGGUGAAGGUGGCUGUGGUGCUUGUGUUGUUGUGCUGUCUAAAUACAACCCUGUGCUUGAUCGAGUUGAAGAUUUUUCUGUGAGUUCGUGUCUAACACUUGUUUGCAGUGUAGACGGCUGCUCAAUCACCACAAGUGAAGGACUUGGAAAUAGUAAAGAUGGUUUCCAUCCAAUUCAUGAAAGGUUUGCUGGAUUCCAUGCUUCCCAAUGUGGAUAUUGCACUCCUGGAAUGUGCAUGUCAUUUUUUUCAGCACUCGUAAAAGCUGAUAAAACAAACAGGCCAGAACCUCCUCCAGGAUUUUCAAAGCUGACUGUUUCUGAAGCUGAAAAGGCUAUAGCUGGAAAUCUCUGUCGCUGCACUGGAUAUCGACCCAUUGCUGACGCCUGCAAAAGUUUUGCUGCUGAUGUUGAUUUGGAGGAUUUGGGAAUCAAUUCUUUUUGGAGAAAAGGAGAGCCAAAGGAAGUUAAAUUAAGGAGAUUGCCUUCAUAUACUCCGGAUGUUAGGUUCAAUAACUAUCCAGAAUUUUUGAGAGGUAGGUCAAAGUCAGCAAAGAGCUUGCAUUUUCAAAACAAUUCUUGGUACAGUCCCACUACUCUUGAGGAGCUUGAAAGCUUGUUGAACUCUAAUGCAACUGGGGAUGACAUGCGGAUAGUAGUGGGUAACACUGGGAUGGGUUACUAUAAGGAAUUAGGUAACUACAACAGAUACAUUGACCUGAGGCACGUACCUGAGCUUUCAAUGAUAAGAAAAAAUCACCAGGGAAUUGAAAUUGGUGCUGCUGUGACAAUCUCCAAAGUUAUUGAAUUUUUGAAGGAGGAAGGUCAGGUUAAUUCUUCCUCUGAUGGUAAGCAGGUCUUCAAAAAAAUUGCUGACCAUAUGGAGAAAAUUGCUUCAGGGUUCAUUAGAAACUCUGCUAGUAUUGGUGGAAAUUUGGUUAUGGCACAAAGGAAAAAUUUUCCUUCAGACAUAGCCACUGUACUUCUUGCUGUGGGUUCUAUUGUUAGUAUAACAACUGGUUACAAGCAUGAACGUCUUACAUUGGAAGAGUUCUUGGCAAGACCACCUAUGGACUCUAGAAGUUUGCUGUUCAGUGUGCAGAUUCCAUUUAUGGAGCCAAAAGGGAAUGCUACCAGCAUUGCAUCUGAUUCCAAUUUGGUGUUUGAGACCUAUCGUGCUGCACCAAGACCCCUGGGAAAUGCUUUGCCUUAUUUGAAUGCUGCGUUCCUGGCUGUUGUGUCUCCUCAUGUAAAAGGAGUUCUAAUAAACAAUAUCCAAUUGGCUUUUGGUGCUUAUGGUACUAAACAUGCAAUAAGACCAAAUAAGGUUGAAGAUUACCUUUUUGGAAAGAUACUAAGUGUUAAUGUUCUGUAUGAAGCAGUAAAAUUAGUUAAAGUUGCUGUAGUGCCUGACUUUGGCACUUCCCAUGCUGCUUACAGGACCAGCUUGGCUGCUACUUUCCUAUUUCAGUUUCUUUCCCCAUUCAUCAAUGUUGGUGCUGCUAUUUCUGGUAGUUUAUCCGAUGGAUUUACUGGCAGUUUGCAAGAGGAUUCAUCCAGAAUCUGUAAUGGUAGUUCUAUUGGUCAAUUGACAAAUUCAACAUCUUUGUCAUCUGCAAAGCAGGAGGUGACCUCGAGUAGAGAGUACUAUCCAGUUGGAGAACCAAUGUUAAAGUCUGGUGCUACCAUCCAAGCUUCAGGAGAAGCUCAGUAUGUUGAUGACAUUCCAUCGCCUCCAAACUGUCUGCACGGAUCAUUUAUAUAUAGUACAAAACCUUUAGCAAGGGUAAAAGGUGUGGACUUGUUAUCAAACAAUCAACUUAGUGGAGUUGCUGGUCUCAUAUCUUAUAAAGAUAUUCCAGAAAGAGGAGAAAAUGUAGGAUCUGUGACAAUGCUCGGUUUUGAACCUUUAUUUGCUGAUGACCUUACCAGGUGUGCUGGAGAGCCAAUUGCAUUAGUGGUAGCAGAAAAACAAAAAUCUGCCGAUCUUGAGGCGAACUCAGCUCUCGUCAAGUAUGACACCGAAAAUUUGGAUCCACCAAUUUUAACUGUUGAAGAAGCUGUUGAGAGGUCAAGUUUUUUUGAGGUCCCUGCUUUUUUGUAUCCAAAACAGGUUGGUGAUUUCUCCAAAGGAAUGGCUGAAGCUGAUUAUACAAUUCUGUCUGCUGAGAUUAAACUUCGGUCACAAUACCAUUUUUAUAUGGAGACACAAACUGCACUUGCAGUUCCGGAUGAAGACAAUUGCAUAGUAGUUCACACUUCAACUCAGUGCCCAGAGUAUGCUCACAGGACAAUUGCAAAAUGUCUUGGCAUUCCUGAGCAUAAUGUCCGUGUAAUUACAAGAAGGGUAGGUGGAGGAUUUGGGGGCAAGGCAAUGAGAGCAAUUCCUGUUGCUACAGCAUGUGCACUUGCAGCACAUAAAUUACGCCGCCCUGUCAGGACAUAUCUCAAUCGGAAAACUGACAUGAUAAUGAUUGGAGGAAGACAUCCCAUGAAAAUCACUUAUGAUGUCGGAUUCAAAUCAAAUGGAAAGGUCACAGCCUUGCACCUUGACAUACUAAUUAAUGCUGGACUCUCCGCAGAUUUUAGUCCCACCAUGUCAUUAACCAUAAUUAGUACCCUUAAAAAGUAUAAUUGGGGUGCUUUGUCAUUUGAUGUAAAAGUUUGUAAGACAAACCAUUCUAGCAAAUCUGCAAUGAGAGGUCCUGGAGAGGUUCAAGGAUCUUAUAUUGCUGAAGCUAUAAUAGAAGAAAUUGCAUCUGUGCUUUUGAUGGAGGUAGAUUCUGUCAGAAACAUAAACCUUCACACAUUUGAAAGCCUUAAUGUGUUCUAUGGGAAGGCUGCAGGUGAAGCAGUAGAGUAUACGUUGACUGACAUGUGGAAUAAAUUGGGUGUAUCUUCAUGCUUUGUCCAAAGGAAAGAAAUGAUAGAGCAGUUUAAUCAGGUCAACAGAUGGAGAAAAAGAGGCAUUUCACGGGUCCCAAUUGUUUAUGAAGUGGUGGUAAGACCAACCCCUGGCAAAGUUAGCAUACUUUGGGAUGGAACUAUUGUUGUAGAAGUAGGAGGAAUAGAAUUAGGCCAGGGGCUCUGGACUAAGGUAAGACAGAUAACUGCGUAUGCUCUCAGUUCAAUUGGAUGUAAUGGGACUGAAAACCUAGUGGAAAAGGUACGGGUUAUACAGUCAGACACUUUAAGUUUAGUACAGGGGGGUCUGACUGCUGGCAGCACGACAUCAGAAUCGAGCUGUGAAGCUGUCAGAUUAUGCUGCAACAUCUUAGUUGAAAGACUAGCUCUUCUUAAAAGUAAGUUGCAGGAGCAAAUGGGUCCUGUUAACUGGGAUGUCCUGAUUCUCCAGGCACAUUCUCAAUCUGUGAACAUGGCUGCGAGUUCUUACUUUGUUCCCCAAUCCAAUUUCAUGCAUUAUUUGAACUAUGGCACUGCAGUUAGUGAGGUAGAGGUGAAUAUACUGACAGGAGAAACUAAAAUUUUGCAAUCCGAUAUUAUCUAUGAUUCUGGACAGAGCAUGAACCCUGCAGUGGAUUUGGGACAGAUAGAAGGAUCCUUUGUUCAAGGAAUUGGAUUCUUUAUGCUCGAGGAGUUCCUCACCAAUGCAGACGGUUUAACAAUUACAGAUAGCACAUGGACAUACAAAAUCCCAACAAUAGACACCAUACCAAUGCAGCUGAACGUUGAAAUGCUAAAUAGUGGACAUCAUAAACAGCGCGUUCUUUCGUCUAAAGCCUCCGGAGAACCACCAUUGCUUCUGGCUGUCUCAGUACAUUGUGCAACAAAGGCAGCAAUUAAAGAAGCCAGGAAACAGCUAAAUACCUGGAGUGGAGUUGAUGGACCUGAUUCAGCAUUCCAGUUGGAUGUCCCAGCUAUUAUGCCUGUUGUGAAAAGCCUCUGUGGCUUGGACAAUGUGGAGAGGUACUUGGAAAGCUUGCUUCACUGAUCUACAUUGGCAUUUGGAAAAGGCAGUAAACUGUGUUUAUGUCUGUAAAAGACAGUGAAGAAUCAGCUAGUUUAUGUAGCAAUAGUUGUUUCUGGUUUUCUGCAGAUAUGUACACGUUGUUAAUCUCCUUGAAGGCAACAUAAUAAUCCCCAAUCACUUAAAAUUUUCAAUCAUGAAACAAAAUUAAAAUGGUAUCUUGCUUGUGCCUGAUCAAUUUCA